AUGAAGCCCCUCGAGAACACCACCCUCUCCGACACCCAUGACCUACUUCAGAACCCUGCCUUCCGACGAUUCUGCGUUAACAUGUUCGGAAGAAUCGUUGGUCUUUCGUUCAACGAGAACAACGGCUGGACUUCUUUUUUCCAUCUCCAGCUCCAGGCCAUCGUUAACAGUCCCUGUUUGUUUCUAAAUCUUCUCUUGCAAGCCUGGGAUAAAGCCCGAGUCAUCGACCUGGAUCUUCACCCCAUCAUCGACAUCGAUGAUCAUCCAGAGUUCGACUAA